AUGAUAAAUGUGACGGAGUAUUAUUGGGAUUACUCACAGUUAAUGAUAUUUAAUAAUAAUUAUGCAUUGAAUAAUGUAACGGACGAGCCACCUGUACUGAUUUUAAAUAAUACGAACUUAGUUAACUUUUACUCAAACUGCUGUAUAACUGCAACAAGAUCAGCAAACGUCGACCCCAAUUUCACGCAGUACCUUCAGGACCUUCCAAGUGAUCGUGUUAGUCUCUUGAUUUUCUUAUUUCUGUUUUCCUUCGCAACAGUGUUUGGCAAUUCUCUUGUCAUUCUCGCUGUCAUACGUGAACGCUAUUUGCACACGUCUACCAACUACUUUGUGACGAGUUUAGCAGUAGCUGACUGUUUAGUAGGAUUAGUUGUUAUGCCCUUCUCUGCUCUUUAUGAAGUAUUGCAAAACACAUGGUUCUUUGGCACCGACUGGUGUGACACAUGGCGUUCUCUCGACGUUCUUUUCUCAACAGCUUCAAUUUUAAAUCUUUGUGUCAUAUCACUCGACCGAUAUUGGGCUAUUACUGAUCCAUUCUCAUAUCCCAUGAAAAUGACACGAAAUCGAGCUGUGGUGUUGAUAGCUGCAGUAUGGAUUUGUUCCAGUCUCAUUAGUUUUCCAGCAAUCGUUUUCUGGCGACACGUUCGAAAUGGACCAAUGCCGCUGUUCAAAUGUACAUUUACGGAACAUUUAGGAUACUUAGUUUUUUCAUCAACAAUAUCAUUUUAUCUUCCACUUCUUGUCAUGGUAUUCACUUACUGUCGGAUAUAUCGAGCGGCAGCUGAACAAACCAAGUCCCUUAAAUUAGGUACGAAACAGGUGCUCAUGACUUCUGGAGAAAUGCAGUUAACAUUAAGAAUACAUCGUGGUGGAACAACUCGUGAGGGUCACAACCACCAUACUACACAAAAUACAGCAAACUCAACGCCUGAAGAACCAGACGAGGAACCACUCUCUGCCUUACACAACAAUGGUAUGCGACACCGUCAUCUUGGGAAGAACUUUUCUUUAUCACGGAAACUAGCAAAAUUUGCAAAAGAAAAGAAAGCUGCAAAAACCCUAGGAAUUGUGAUGGGCGUAUUUAUUGUUUGUUGGCUACCUUUCUUUGUCGUCAAUUUAUUAACCGGCUUAUGCGCCGAUUGUAUAGCUCACGAGGAAAUUGUCUCUGCUGUUGUCACAUGGCUUGGAUGGAUCAAUUCAAGCAUGAAUCCGGUCAUUUAUGCUUGUUGGAGUCGAGACUUUCGAAGAGCAUUCGUUAGAAUAUUAUGUGUUUGCUGCCCUAGAAAAAUACGGAGAAAAUAUCAACCAACAAUGAGAUCAAAAGCUUCACAGUGUCCUUUGCCCAACAUGGUGACAUCAAAAGCAUCUCACUGUAGCGUAUGUGACGGCAAUCAACAGCAAACAUCACGCAUGAAAGCAUGCACAAACUGCUCCAAACUGAAGUUAAGGCACAGUGGUCAUCAUAAUUGCUAUCAUCAUCAUAGACGAAAUCGAGCUAUCAAAAUUAAUAAGCGUUGUACUUUUGCGACUACAACUACCGAAAUUCCUAACUCAACUGAGCUAAUAGGAGUAGGUAACCCUCACAGUUCGUUUAAAAGUCAAAGUUCUAACAGUAGCAAUGCAUCAUCAAUCAGGAUUAUUGAGUAAUGAAAGAAAACAUUUUCAAUGGAGACUGAAAUCUCAAGUCAAGGGAUAUAAUUUAUUUUAUAGUCUCUUCUCAAGCUUCAGUUUUCUUCUAUACGUUCUUAGUUUCCUCUUAAAC